GUGAAGGUAUCUAGACCGCCAUGGUGACCGGGGCGCUGCUCUUUUCUUCCUUCUCCCGCUUCCGGAGGGCUUGGCUCCCGCCUCUUCUCCUCGGACCCCGAAGGAGCUACAGCCAAGAAGACGAUGCGCUCUCCCAGUACUUGCACCGUAGCAUCGUCCCCACUAUGCAUUAUCAGAAGAGCCUGCCCCGUUUGCCCAUUCCAAAACUUGAAGAUACAAUUAGAAGAUACCUGAGUGCUCAGAAACCUCUUUUGGAUGAUGAUCAAUUCAGGAAAACCGAACAACUUGCUGGCAAUUUUGAAAAUGGCAUUGGUAGAGAAUUGAACAAUCAUUUGGUUGCAAAGGACAAACAAAACAAACAUACAAGCUAUAUUUCAGGUCCUUGGUUUGACAUGUAUCUUCGGGCACGGGAACCCAUUAUUCUCAACUUCAAUCCAUUCAUGGCUUUCAGUCCCGACCCCAAACCUGAAUACAACAAUCAGCUUGUGAAGGCCACCAACCUGACUGUUGCUGCUUUACGUUUCUUGAAGACUCUCAGGGCAGGCAUCUUAGAACCAGAGGUGUUUCAUUUGAACCCAUCCAAGAGCGACACUCCAGGGUUCAAAAAGCUUAUUAGAUUUGUACCUCCUUCCCUCUCAUGGUUUGGUGCCUAUAUGGUGAAUGCCUACCCACUAGAUAUGUCACAGUACUUCAGACUUUUCAAUUCCUCCCGGCUGCCUCAACCCAAGAAAGAUGAGUUGUUUACAGAUGAGCAUGCCAGGCAUUUACUGGUGCUUAGAAAUGGCCACUUCUAUGUGUUCGAUGUGAUAGACCAAAAUGGCAGCAUAGUGAAACCAUCGGAGAUUCAAGCCCAUUUAAAAUUCAUUCUUUCAGACAAUGCGCCAGUUCCAGCAUUUCCUCUUGCUUUUCUAACUACUGAAAAUCGGGACACCUGGGCGACUCUGAGGCAGGAACUCCUUGACAAUGGCAACAGGGAGACCUUAAGGAAAGUGGAUUCGGCCAUAUUCUGCCUGUGCCUUGAUGAUUUCCCAAUUAAAGAUCUCGAUCAUUUGUCUCAUACUAUGCUCCAUGGCGAUGGCACCAAUAGGUGGUACGACAAAUCAUUUAACCUUAUUUUAGCGAAAGAUGGCUCUGCGGCCAUUCACUUUGAGCAUGCUUGGGGAGAUGGUGUGGCUGUGCUUAGGUUCCAAAACGAAGUCUUUAAACACAGCACCGAGACGCCUGUCAUUACUCCUCAGUCUCUGCCGGCUGCCUGUGAUUCGCACGGAGCUGUAGAGAAGCUGAAUUUCAAACUGAACGAUGCCUUAAAAGAAGGAAUUACCAAAGCCAAGCAAAAGUUUGACGCCACUGUGAAAACACUGACGCUGAAGUCCUUCCAGUUUGAAAGAGGAGGCAAGGAAUUCAUAAAGACCCAGAAGCUGAGUCCCGAUGCCGUAGUCCAGCUUGCCUUCCAGAUGGCUUUUCUUAGGCAAUAUGGACAGACAGUUGCCACCUAUGAAUCUUGUAGUACAGCAGCAUUCAAACAUGGUCGCACCGAGACAAUCCGGCCUGCUUCGAUUUACACAAAGGCAUGCGCAGAGGCACUAGUCAAGAGGCCGUCCAAGCACAGCACUGUGGAGCUACGCCAGAUGAUCACAGAGUGCUCCACGUAUCACAGUCAACUCACAAAGGAAGCUGCUAUGGGUCAGGGAUUUGAUCGUCACCUUUAUGCACUGCGGUGUGAAGCAGAAUCCCAAGGAAUUUCUUUUCCAGAUCUUUACAAGGACCAAGCUUAUGCUCUAAUUAACCACAACAUUCUCUCCACAAGUACGCUUAGCAGCUCCGCCGUGUUGCUGGGUGGAUUUGGGCCGGUGGUGCCUGAUGGAUUUGGCAUAGCUUAUGCUAUACAAGAUAACUGGAUCGGGUGCAACAUUUCUGCUUAUCCAUCUAGGAAUGCACCAGAAUUCCUGCAGUGUGUGCACAAGUCACUGGAUGAUAUUUUUGAUGUUUUAGAAGGGAAACAAAUUAGUAAUUAAGAUAAAACAGCACUGGUUUUCUUAAAUGUGUGACAUAACAAACUUCCUUUGGCUCAAAGUUAAUGUUUUAGCUGGACUAUGACCUUUUUAUCCUUUUAAAAAUAACAGAUUAAGAUCUGGAGAAAAAAAAGAAUGUAAAUAGGGUUAAAGAGCCGGUCCACUGGAUUUUUACAUUUGCCAUGACUAAGUUGUUACGCUGAUUUUAAUGCCUGUUCUCCAAAUAUAAUUAAGAGUAGCUCCAACUCAGAGUGUAAAUGAACUUCCAAUUGUAAACAGUGCUGUCUUUAUUAUCAGCCAACAGAAGCUCUUGAAGUUUAAGACUGAUACAUUGCUGAAUAUUCAUUCAGUCUUUGCUAAUGUAUGUAUUUGAUUAAUUUUUAAAAAUAUAUGUACUAACCAUCAAAUAUAGGAAUAAUGCUUGGGUUACAUUUAGAUAGCAACACCCUUUUGCGAUACCUUGUGUUAAAAGACAACCCAAUAUUAUAGAUUUUUUUUGUAAAAGGAAAGAAACCUUGACUAGCAUGCUCAUUGGAGCAGAAAUAUUCACAGCCUUCUAGAGCUCUGCCUUGGGACACUCAAGUGAAUCUUUUGGAAUCCUUACAAGAAACAACUACAAGAAUGUUCAAUAAGGCACACAGAAAAUUUACCCAAGAAGAAAAAAAAUCCUGAAUGUAAAAUGGAGGAUUUUUCUCCAUCUAAUCUCUCCCUUCCCCAAAGAUGGAAGUAAAUGGAGAAAAAUAAUACUCACGGGCAAAAAUCUUGUAAAAAUGCCCAUUUUCUGUGCCUAGUAAACCAAAGUUAACAACUGCAGAUAAAAGAUAGAAUUGCACAAUUAGAAAAGAAAGCUGAGACACUAAUCACCAGGUAUUAUCAGGUCCACCCUGCUGUUCAUUGUAACUGAAAAUAUGAUACAGGAUGCCCACUGUGUAGAAAAAUAAAUCUUUCUCCAAAUACAUGGGGUUAAACGGCACACACGCAGGAAUAACAUUUAACACCUGUAUUUGCUCUGAAAGCUUAAAAGGAAGAUAAUGCAGGUAGUCCUUGACUUACAACCACAUGGGGGGCAGGAUUUCCAUUGUUAAGCAAGAAAGUUGUUAAAUGACGCACACUGUUUUUUUGCUAUGGUUAAGCACUUACUGCAGUUGUUAAGUGAAUCAUAUAGUCCUUAACUGAAGCCGGCUAGGAAGGUUGCAAAUGGUAAUCACAUGAUCUUAAGAUGCCGCAACCCUCAUAAAUACAUGCCAGAUGCCAACAUCCAAAUUUUGACUACAUGACUAUGACGGGGAUCCUGUGAUGGCUGUAAGUGUGAGGACCAGUCACAAGUCACUUUUUUUCAGUGCUGUUGUAACUUCAAACGGUCAUUAAAUGAAUGGUUGUUAAGGACUACCUGAACUACCAGUCUGGUUGAGCUUCCAGCUGAAAUGUAUUCUGAAAAUUUCCUGUUGAAUAAAUGUGACACAUUUUGUGUAUGUCUAUGGAGAUUCUCAGUCAUCCAGGUCUUGGUUAUCCAAAGGUGCUUUUUCAAGAGGCAACUGGAUUUCCUGGUUUUUCUUUGAAGAUGUUUUGCUUCUCAUCCAAGAAGCUUGGUACUACUAUAAAUGGGUACUACUUUGAUGGUCAUGCUAGCAACAAUUGGAUAACCUUUGGAUAGCACUGGCUCAAUGGCCUUGAAACAGAUGAGUACCACCUCCUAUAGUCAGCAAUGACUAGUGGAGGGAAAUCCUCAGGGACUCUUUUACCUUUACCUCUCUUCAUUUAUAGUACAUUUAAGAGUCAGCCCCACCCUUAACAAUUCAUCAUUAAAUAUGCAAUAAAGUAUAUUUAACUUAGAAGCGUCCCACACAUUGUUUUAUUUCUAAGAUACUCGGAAUACUCUCAGUAAAUUAAAUGGAUGUCUAUUUGUAGACUGGCUUGUUCCAAGAUAAGGACUGUUAUUUGGGUAUUUGUGUUAAUGUACAUAUUUUUUCAGACAAUAAAAAAGUAACAGCAUGAAUU